AUGGACAACGAGCAGCCUCACCAGGAGUUGGUGAAGUGUGUGGUAGUUGGAGACACGGCUGUGGGGAAGACUCGGCUAAUAUGUGCCCGGGCAUGCAACAAACAUGUCUCACUGUCACAGCUCAUGACCACACAUGUACCAACUGUGUGGGCUAUAGACCAGUAUCGGAUAUACAAAGAUGUGUUAGAAAGAUCUUGGGAAGUGGUUGAUGGUGUGAAUGUAUCACUGCGUCUAUGGGAUACCUUCGGAGACCAUGAAAAAGAUAGAAGAUUUGCUUAUGGAAGAUCGGAUGUAGUUCUUCUCUGCUUCUCCAUAACAAACCCCAUAUCUUUGAGGAACUGUGGGGCUAUGUGGUAUCCGGAGAUUAGACGAUUCUGCCCUAACACGCCGAUUCUAUUAGUGGGAUGUAAGAACGAUCUUCGCUACAUGUAUAGAGACGAAACAUACCUAAAUUACUGUAAAGAUCGCAGUCCUUUUAUUAGGGCCCCAAGAAAAAGUGACCUAGUGAUGCCGGAUCAAGGGCGCGCCCUAGCUCAUGAGUUCGGCAUAUAUUACUAUGAGACAUCAGUAUUCACAUAUUAUGGGGUUAACGAAGUUUUUGAGAACGCCAUCAGAGCUGCAUUGAUUGCUAGAAGACAACAACGGUUUUGGAUGACCAACUUGAAGAGAGUUCAACGGCCUUUGUUACAGGCACCAUUCCGCCCCCCUCGUCCCAUGGAGCCUGAGGUGGCAGUAGUGAACAGUACUUACUUGGAGAAUAUGACCACAUUACUGCGGCAACAGUAUUUCUCGGACAUGGUGAUAAUAUGCGGCGCGAAGGGUUUCCCAGUGCAUCGGUUCAUGUUGGCGGCGGCCUGCGAGGCCUUCCACCGCCUGCUGGCCACCGACGCCGUCAGUCUCUCCGCGGACCUCGCGCGCAGCUCCAGCGAGAGCAGCAUGGUGAGCAGUAUGGGCGAGGCGACUACGGGCGAGUUCAACGAAGACACCGAAUACUUGAUACGGCAGGAUCAAGCGAAACAGAUGAGGGUAUGGGAUCAGAUAAAGCGACGCUCGUCGUGUCAGAUCCUGCCUCUGAGCGACAGCUGUAAGAAGCCUCCGGACUUAUAUCGAGAAGUCAACCAUCCUGCUAUUAACUCCAUUAGAGUUGUCAAGUGCGACAAAAUCCAACACGCGACCUCCCAAACACAAACUAUAGUUACCAUGAGCAAGUUAAUCUCGCAAAUUGUUAUGCAAGAGAUCAUCAACUUCAUAUACACGGGCACCUUGGACAGUAGCGCUUUUAAACAACAGUCGGCUGCUAUCGGAUUGUUACUGGAGAUCAGACAGGCGGCGGAACUGCUUGGUUUCCACGAGCUCACCAAGCUGAGCCAGUUCAUACUGGACCAACAUCUCUUGUUCGACAAGGGAUUCAUGCUGCAGUUUCAUACGCCUCUAGGCGGUCGUCUUCGCGACAUGUACGUAGAACGUGCUCUAUUUGCGGACGUAACGUUUGACCUGGACGACGGCAUACACCUGGCACACCGCGCCGUGCUCAUGGCACGGUGUGACCCUAUGAAGGCCAUGUUCCAAGGACAUUUCAGGGAGAGCACUUCCAGAGUGAUUUCGUUCCCGGGUGUAAAAAUGUACGCGUUCCACAUUCUUCUAAGCUACAUCUACAGCGAUAAGAUCCCAGCAGUGGACCCUUUACGGUGUUUAGAACUAUUGGAACUAGCUAACAGGCUGUGUAUGAACCGCCUCGUCAAUCUAGUAGAGGCUAGGGUCAUAGACCAGCUGCAGCAGAGAGAUCGAGUGUGUGGCGAUGACGACCAAGUCGUUGAGAUAGCACUGUCACUUCUAGAGCCAGUCAAGUUACAUAACGCGCACAAUCUGGCGGACUGGUGUAUGUGGCGACUGUGUGGUGCGUACGACCGAGUCUGUCGAGCCAAGCAUCUGUCACAGCCCUCCAGGGACUACCUGUCUGACAACCGAUGGCCGCCCGUCUGGUACGUGAAAGAGUAUGACUACUAUCAAAAAUGCGUGAACGAGCAGAGUAAAGAACAGAAGGAGCUACGGCCCACCACUUCACUGCAAGCCAAUCAGCAGACUGGCUGCCUAUGUUUUACGAGCAAGGUCCGGCGCGACAGUGGCGCGGGCGCGGCCGACGUGACGACGGCGCUGUGUCGCGCGGACGACGCGGCGCACGCAGACGCGCGCCCGCCGCACGACGCGCCGCCGCUCUGA